GCGUCACAAUAUGCGUUAAACAUAUUUAAGGAAUAGUUUUAUUGGUGACGCUUAUGAUAAAAAUAUGCCUUGAUUUGAUUAAUCCAUAUCAGUUUUCAAAACAAUGGUAGCAAUUAGUUCAUUUCUGAUUUCACCGAGCAGUUUUGCUCCGUACAGCUACUUAUGUAACCACACUGUGAAUUUACAUGAACGUUAUUCAGUACUCGCGAAAAACCUUGGUAUUCAAGACAAUACAGAAACGUGUAACUUUGGUCAGAUAAACAUUCAUAUAUGUGAGCCAAGACUUUGUAAAAACAGUCUAGAUAUAAAAGAUAUCAUUUCAAGAAAAGGAAUCAAGUCUUUAGACUUAAAAGGACAAAAAAUCAAUUACAAGACAUUUGGAACAUUUCUAGAAAGCAACGAAACUUUAAAAUCAACAAAUGUGUCUCUAGUUGUUGUAAAUGGAUGUUUGGAGCUGUUGGAUGAAAUAACUGCCCUUGCUGAAAAGAAUAACGAUAUUUAUUUUAUAAAAGUCGAGGACAAACUCGGUCAAACACCAGCCAAAUCAAAACGUCAAGCAGAAUGCGGAAAACAUAGAAACAUAAAAUUCACAUCCAUAGAGAAUGUAAAUAAUGAUAUUGGUGAUUUGUUAGAACGCAUAGUCCUUAAAACAAUAAAACAAAAAUGUGAUAAUGUCAACGCAUGGCUGAAUGAAAAAAAACAUUCAGACGGAAAAACACGGGUAGAAGGAAGAACCAGAAAAAGAAAGUCAUUUAUGGAGGCAUGCACUAAAAUAAAAAUGAUGUACAAUCCUGAAUGGACUGGUAGUGAUAAAGAGAACGAUGAUCCUAAUCAAGACCCUCAAGUUUUCACAAGGAUUCAAGACAAAAUGUCUAUGAAUCACAAAGACAUGAAUGGUAAAAGCAAAGUUUGUCCACAGACAGGCAUGGAGGACCAUGUCAGAGAAAAAGUUCCAGGCAGUCCCAGUGUAUCAUGGACUUUUUCAGAUAGACUGCAAUGUGUUGAUCGUGAUACUAUUGAAAGUUUGUUGGCGGAAAUGGUUGCACUAUAUAGUAAUAGUAAUGUGCCCAUUUACGAUAGACCUCGCAUCACCCAAUAUGAAGAAAGAGAAAUUAGCGAGAAGCUCAGAAAACAGCUAUUUGAUUUAUCUCCAUCUGUAAAAGGAGUUGGCUACCGUUUUACCUGCUUCGUCGUAUACGUUGAAAGAAUUAAAACUUCGAGAGAAAGUGAAUGUCUUCAGCAGAAAAUACUAUCUGUGCUGAAGGAAAAUCAGAUUGAUGACUUUCAAAUAAAAAGUGUUUCAAAACAGAGGUAUUAUGUCAGAGUUGGAUCAACAAUCCGUGCAACUAAAAGACACCAAAGUCACAAAAAGCCAUGUGAAGCUACUCUUGGAUGCUUUGCGAAUAUUAAAGACGGAAAAGAUCCCAAAACGUGUGCCUUAAUUUCUAACCAUGUUGCAAAAUUUUGCGAUUCAUUUCGUAUCUCCUCUAGUUCUACUACAGAUAUAUUAUGUACAAGAAUAGAGAGUAGUGUCACAGAAACGGGUUUGGACAUUGCAGCUGUUAAGCUUGUUCUGAAAGACCAAGAUAAAAAAAUCUGCGCCAAAUUUAGAACUGAAAUUAUUGAAGACGAAUCUGCACUGGACAGUGCGAUAGGAGAUAUUGAUAAUGAACUUUUACAAGGUAAACUUCAUCACUACUCUGAUCAUCUCAAUCGUCAAAGUAAUAUAUUAUGUAAUGGACUGAAAGUUUACAUUUGGGGAGGAGUAUCAAAACCGGGAAAAGGGGUUAUAACCAUGCGGUCUUUUAAAAAAGGCGACAUGAAAGCAUUGAUCCAGGUUGAAGAUAGAGUGCCUAGUAAGGAAGGAGUAAUUCCAGAAAGGUUCUGUUAUCCUGGAGAUAGCGGGGCGAUAGUUUGUGCCGAGGACAGUCGCGGAAAUUUUAUCCAUAUUCUAGCUAUGGUAAUUGGAAUAACAAACGAGGAGGAAAUUCAGAGGAAUCCACAGAUAAGAGGGAAAUAUUUAGCAGUUCCCUUGUCUAGCGGUCUUGAAGAACUUAAAGACAGGACGGGAUUCACUUUUCAGAUAUGUGAAUGUAUAGACAGUUGAACUAUGAUUUCUGUUGUAAAGUGGCCAAUGAUUUGUAAGGAAUAAGUUUGUAUCUGAUUCGGAAUCUGGCAAGAAGCAUAGUAUAAGUUAGUUUCAUGCCGUAGGAUAACCGAAAUACACUAGAUCGAAACUACUUCAUUACCUCCUGAUUUAAGCAAAAGUUUCAAUUCAAACUUUUUCAUGAAUGAACGUUAUAUGAAACUGAUAUUUGACAAAGUAUCAUUAUGAAGCAAUGCCAAUUCCUACUAACGUGUCUUUCAGAAGACAUAACUACCGAAAUAAAGACAUCAGAUUUGUUGAAAUAGGCAUUUCCGUCACAUACGCUGAUCAGAUAACGAUUAUCAUCAAAUUUGCUUCAAUAUUUCUCUUCAAUGCCUAUUUAAACUUUUUUACUGUCAAAAUAGCAUAUACUCUUGCUUAUUGUCUUCAUGUGUAAAUAAAGUUCUUCUAAAUGCCGGUUUAUUUUUAUAUAGUCUCAAAACGAGGCCUAAAUAAGUAAAUAUUUGAUUACACCAUCAUAUUUAUAUGUUGUUUGUGUUAACUUGCAUUAUAUGAUUCCAAAUCCACCCUUUGAAAAAUAGUAUGAUACGUUUCAUUGUACAAUAACUGCAAGGUAUAAAAGAUAAAUAUUUACAAUUAUGGUUGACAAAUUAUGACAUUAGUUCAAAAAUGAUAACCCACAGAAAUAUGUAAGCAAACUAUUGGUUAUGAACCGUAUCUUAGUACUUUCAUUCUUUGAAAGUUUCAAAUAGCUUAGUAAUACAUGUUUUAGAUUACCUUCUCAUAUUUAUGAAAUUAAAAAAAGUCGUUCCAGAAACAUUGA